AUGGCGUACUCACCUGCCGAAAGGCCCCUCCUCUUCACCCGCCAGGGCAGCAGCACCAGCAUCGUCCGCGAAAAUGUAAACUUCAUCCUGGUCCACGUUCUUGACGAGUUGGCCAAGUUCGCAGCCGUGGUGUACCAGUUCACCAAGCGGUAUGAAGGCUGGGCCGGAUCCAGAUCCGGGUCGUCUAUGUUGUCGGGGCAGGGGUUGACGGCGACGUCGUCUUGUUGUGGUUCAGAAAGCGAGGCUCCCAUUCUUCAAGACCUGGCGGCGCUGCUCAAGAGGAGGCUCAAGGCGGUGGGGGAUGACACGGCGGCUCGGCUGCAGGGCGAUCCGUUACGUCGUGUAACCAUGUCCACACACCCGGGACAAGCGGCGUGA